AGGAUUUACCCAGAAGGCAGCGCUUCGCCCUCGGGUCAAGAUGGCGAGCAGGCCUGCGUUUCAGCAUCAGGCCGGUGGCUGGAAGGUAUUCGAAAAUGGUAUUACAAUGCUGCAGGAUUCAAUAAACUGGGGUUAAUGAGAGAUGAUACGAUAAAUGAGGAUGAGGAUGUGAAAGAAGCCGUGAGAAGGCUUCCUGAGAACCUUUAUAAUGACAGGAUGUUUCGCAUCAAGAGGGCACUGGACCUGACCAUGAGGCAUCAGAUCUUGCCUAAAGAGCAGUGGACAAAAUAUGAGGAGGAUAAAUUCUACCUUGAACCAUAUUUGAAAGAAGUUAUUCGGGAAAGAAAAGAGAGAGAAGAAUGGGCAAAGAAGUAAUCACGUAGUUGAAAUCUGUGGAUGCAGCCGAACUUUUUAUGAAGUUGGCUAAACUUGAAAUGUACAACUUAAGAAUUAUUUGGUCUGCAGACAUAUUACUUUAAAUAAAUGACUGUUAUAAUCAUUGUUGGAGUUUGAAUUCUAAACUUUAUCCUG